UCCACAGAGGUCACCGAGAGCUCUCGGGGAUGCCUCUACGCGCCGCGUGGUCUGCCCUGUUUGUCUGGGCGACGUUGUUGGUAGCGCUUGCGGUUGCGUUGCCGGCAGCGCCAGUUGGUGUUCCUCCUUGUACAUCAGUGUACGUCUCGCUCGUGCAGCAAUCCACCCUUGCUUUGCACGCUGGCACUGAGGACAGCGAGCUUGGCAUGGAGGGCAGCGGUUCUUAUGUCGACCCAAAGGAGGCUAGUGAUGAUGAGGAUGACGAUGCCGAGUUUGAUAUGGGCCCAUCGUACAAACCGCUGUACGCUGCGAACUCGCACAGAGGUCUCAACAUGCGAGGGGCAGCUCGGCGGCAGCGACAACAAUCGACCACGGCAUCACCGGUCACGCCGCCGCUCCGGACGGUCUCGCGUGAGCCGCAACAGCUGCAGCUGCAGCGGCAACAGCGACAACAGCAGCAUGAACGAUGUCCGCCGGAGCCUUCUCCUGCCAAUAACUCGAACUCGCCUGACAUAAGUGACAACACGGGCGCAGGUCAGCAACACCUGCCCCAACCGGUCAAGCAACAGCAGCAGCAGCUGCAGCAGCAGCAACCAGCCUCACCAGAUGCUUCUCCGGCCAACUCUGCUGGACUACCGCGGGACGAGUCAUCCGAGCCGUACACCCGGAGAAACAAGCAUCCCGGCCGCGACAAGUUCAGCCUAUCGGACGACCUGAAGGCGAGCCUACCGAAGGUCGACAAAGCAGGGCUAUCAGCUUUGCGGUCUUUCGUCAACGGCAAGGGCCAGGCUCUACCAUUCACGUUCUUCGAGAAGACAUUCCCGAAGGAGGCGCAGGACAUCGUCCUGAAGGAGUCCUUGGCGCUGCAAGCAGCUGAGAUCGUCAGCAGCAUGUAUGUGAACUUCUGCGCCGACGAGUCUGAUCCGCCGCCGGAACACCAGGAAGACCGGCACAGGAGGAAGAAGGUGGUUCGUGGAUUUCAGGAGGUUCCGUCGAAGGAGAUGGCGGACGGAUCUCGAGAGUACGCCUUCGAGCGCAAGCACCUGUACGGCGUGAUGGGUAUCCUCAUCACCACCAGACUGACCAAGAAGCCGAGGAUCAUCGAUUACUGGGGCGUCGAAGCCCACGACAACUACCCCCUGGUCCGGGCCUGCAUGCCUCGAGACCUCUUCAUCCUGUUCUACGGCCGCUUCUUCCACUUGGCACCUCCCACCGGCAAGCUCAAUAAGGAUGAUCCCCAGUACGACAGCAAACACCACAUCAGGUGUGCCCCAUAGAAAAAUACGCAUGCCAACAGACUGCAAUUGUAGGUACGGUGGAUGGGUAUGUUAUACUUUCGUUUGGGGGAUACUUUGUUUUAUUUUCAGUUUUGGGGACCAAUAUGGGGUGAUGUUUGCCCUUGGCGCUGUGUCAUCUCCUUCGCCCUCUAAGCAGAAUGGCCUAAAUAUUGUUGAAUAGAAAUUGGUCGAAUACAAACCGUUUGGGCCCACCGGAAGCUGCUUUGAAACAAAGCGUGUGUCGUAAUCGGAACACGAAACAUUCGUAUCGGUGUUGGCCUUCAAACUCCUCAGGUU